CUCUCUCACUCUCUAUGUUAUUGCGAACCAGACAACUCUAAUCCUAUUCUCUAUCACCAUUGCAAAUGGUAGCUGGCAGGGUCAAGGUAGCAAUGGGUUUGCAAAAGUCGCCGGCACCACCAACCCCUCCGCCCUCCUCCGCCAACAAGUCUUCCUCUCACAAAUCCCGCUCCAUCGGUGCGUACUUCCCACGCUCCUCUGCUCAGGUUCAGCCUCGCCCUCCCAACGUCGCCGACCUCCUCCGCCUUGUCGAGGACCUCCGUGAGAGAGAGUCUCAACUGAAGACCGAGCUCCUCGAACACAAGCUCCUCAAGGAAACCGUCGCCAUCGUCCCUGUUCUCGAGAACGAGAUCAUCGCCAGGGACACACAGAUUCUAAGGAACGCCAAGAUAAUGGAAGAAAUGGAAGCAGAGAACCAUAGGUUAAGAAAUGAGCUCGAAGAACUGAAGUUCCAAAUCCAAGAAGAGAAGAAACAGAACCUGAUGAAAACCAAGGCAUUGGAAGAUGAGAUGGCGGAGCUGAAGAAAACGGCGUCGGAUGCAUUGCGAAACGACGAGGUUUCUUCUUCGCAGAGGUUUCAAGGGCUAGUCGAGGUGUCAAUGAAGUCGAAUCUGAUCAAGAACUUGAAGAAAACGGCGUCGGUUCAAGGAAGCGGGAACCAGAAGCAGCUCGAAGCUACUUUUACUGAUUUCAAACGAGAGGUGCCGGAAACGGAAAGGGAAAGGGAAAGGCCACGUCACUCGCUGUUUGACUCGGACGAACUCGCUCACUCCACUGACUCAGUUCUAACCAGAUCACGCGCGCCUCGGAUACCCAAACCGCCGCCGAGGCCGUCCUCUUCGUCACCGCAUUCGCCGUCGACUGGUUCCUCUGAUUUUGCUCCGUCGGAGAACAAUAAAUUCGAAACAGAGCAAGCGAUUCCACAACAACCGCAGCUAGCUCCUCCUCCGCCGCCGCCCAAGGCUGCUCCGCCUCCUCCUCCACCGCCGCCGAAGGGGAGCAGGCAGGUUACGGCGAUGGUGAGGAGGGUGCCUGAGGUGGUGGAGUUUUACCACUCGUUAAUGAAGAGGGAAUCACAGUCACGGCGGGACUCGAGCUCCGGCAUGGCGGAGGCACCGCCGACGGCGAAUGCACGUGAUAUGAUCGGCGAGAUCGAGAACCGGUCAUCUCACCUGCUCGCGAUUAAGACGGAUGUGGAAACACAAGGAGACUUUAUUAGGUACUUAAUCAAAGAAGUGGAGGGUGCCGCGUUUACAGAGAUUGAAGACGUUGUGCUCUUUGUUAAAUGGCUUGAUGACGAGCUCUCCUAUUUGGUGGAUGAAAGAGCAGUGCUGAAACAUUUCGAUUGGCCAGAGCAGAAGGCCGAUGCUCUGCGCGAGGCUGCAUUUGGGUAUUGUGAUCUGAAGAAGGUAGAAACCGAGGCUUCGUCCUUCCUCGAUGAUCCUAGGCAGCCGUGUGGUCCUUCUCUCAAAAAGAUGCAGGCUCUCUUGGAAAAAUUAGAGCAUGGAGUUUACAAUAUCUCAAGAAUGAGGGAGUCAGCAACAAAUAGAUACAAAGUCUUCCAAAUACCCGUACAUUGGAUGCUUGACAAUGGUUUGGUGAGUCAGAUCAAGCUGGCAUCUGUAAAAUUAGCCAUGAAGUACAUGAAGAGAGUCUCUGCUGAACUUGAGACAGGUGGUGGUGGUCCUGAAGAAGAAGAGCUCAUUGUUCAAGGAGUUAGAUUUGCAUUCCGUGUACAUCAGUUUGCUGGAGGGUUUGAUGUUGAGACAAUGAGGGCAUUCCAAGAAUUGAGAGAUAAAGCGAGGUCAUGCCAUCUUCAAUGCCACAGCCAGCAACAGAAAUUCUUUUGCAGGUCUGCAACAUGCUAGUGCUGACUGGAGCAAACUCAGCUUUAGAAAAUUAGUAGCCCCGUUUUUGCUGUAUAGAUAGUGACAUUUUGUUUGUGAUGGUUACCGUAUUCAUAAUUCAACCAUUCAUUAACGAG